UCCGCGGGGCCAGUCCCGGCGACGCAGCCACCCGCGCGCGCACGCGCUCGCUCGGCCACCGGCGCCCCGAGCCCCAGUCCGCGCUCGGCGCCGGGGGUCUGUGGGCCCUUUGGGCUCCGGGCGGCUCGAGGGGCAGGCGGGAGCCGGCAGCGCAGGACGACGAGCGCCAGGUGCCGGUCAAGCUGCUGCGCGCCUGGACGCCCGGCUAGAUUAGGGACGGUCGCUGGGUGCGGGCGAGCCAAGCUAGCGGAUUGCAGCGGAAAAGCAAAGAUGUCACAGUGGACCCUUUGCCUCCAGGACACAUUAAGGUGAGAAUAAGACCCCUGGCUGGCUGGGACUAGCCUAAGGGUGUAAGGCAGCCAUGGAUCUGGAGUAUGAGCUACUCAAUGAGAGCCGCACUUGGCCUUCCCCUCCAUUUGACCUCGAUGGCUCUGUGGUGGCAGCCAACAGCUCAAACCAGACAGAACCAUACUAUGAUCUGACCAGCAAUGCAGUCCUCACGUUCAUCUAUUUUGUGGUCUGCAUCAUUGGAUUGUGUGGCAACACACUUGUCAUUUAUGUCAUCCUCCGCUAUGCCAAGAUGAAGACCAUCACCAACAUUUACAUCCUCAACCUGGCCAUCGCAGAUGAGCUCUUCAUGUUGGGUCUGCCCUUCCUGGCCAUGCAGGUGGCUCUGGUCCACUGGCCCUUUGGCAAGGCCAUUUGCCGGGUGGUCAUGACUGUGGAUGGCAUCAAUCAGUUCACCAGCAUUUUCUGCUUGACCGUCAUGAGCAUCGAUCGAUACCUGGCUGUGGUCCACCCCAUCAAGUCGGCCAAGUGGAGGAGACCCCGAACGGCCAAGAUGGUCAAUGUGGCCGUGUGGGGAGUCUCCCUGCUGGUCAUCUUGCCUAUCAUGAUAUAUGCUGGGCUUCGGAGCAACCAGUGGGGGAGAAGCAGCUGUACCAUCAACUGGCCAGGUGAAUCUGGGGCAUGGUACACAGGGUUCAUUAUCUACACCUUCAUCCUGGGGUUCCUGGUGCCCCUCACCAUCAUUUGUCUUUGCUACCUGUUCAUUAUCAUCAAGGUGAAGUCCUCUGGAAUCCGUGUGGGUUCCUCCAAGAGGAAAAAGUCUGAGAAAAAGGUCACACGGAUGGUGUCCAUAGUGGUGGCUGUGUUCAUUUUCUGCUGGCUUCCCUUCUACAUCUUCAAUGUCUCCUCCGUCUCGGUGGCCAUCAGUCCCACCCCAGCCCUUAAAGGCAUGUUUGACUUUGUGGUGGUCCUCACUUACGCCAACAGCUGCGCCAACCCUAUCCUGUAUGCCUUCUUGUCUGACAACUUCAAGAAGAGCUUCCAGAACGUCCUCUGCUUGGUCAAGGUGAGCGGCACAGAUGAUGGGGAACGGAGUGACAGUAAGCAGGACAAAUCCCGGCUGAAUGAGACCACGGAGACCCAGAGGACCCUCCUCAAUGGAGACCUCCAGACCAGUAUCUGAACUGCCUGAAAAAUAAAUAAAUAACACGCCAAGCUCUGCCAAGUGGCAUGUGCUCCCUGCCCCCACCCCUCUCCUUCCUCCCACCCAUCACACCUGGCUUCUAGAAUAGGGAAUUGCUCAGCAUGAGUCCAAUCAGAGAACCGUGUUUGAGUCGGCUUAUCUGAGUGAAUGAUAAUGUAUUAAAUUGAUUACGACCCCCCUCCCCUUAAAGUGAAUAUUUAAAUGCAGGCAGAUGAUUCCAAGUCAGGAGAAGAAGAGAUCGAGUCUGGGUAUGAUCUGUAGAAGUGGAGAAGCUCAACAAAGAUAGAAAAGUUUAUCUACGUGUUUAAAACCUAAUACGUAACCUUGUGGUCUUACAUUUAUACUUAUCUAUUCUACUCCUCGCUAGCCCCUGUAUAGUUAUUACCUAUGUUUCCUGUGUUCAAAAGUACACGAGUAGCAAACUGAAGUAUGCCUAGUAUAGGUGGACGUUUAUUACAAUGUGGUACCUGCAGAAAUGGACUUGCCAUGAAGCCAAUAAAGUUUAAGCUUCAGGGAUCUCUCAUGCUUGGGCAGUAUUUUCACAUGACCACACGUUUAAAAAAAAAAAUUGUAAAAGUAAGAUAUUUUUGUAUUAUUUUUCUUAAAGAGGUUUCCUUAAAGCUUCCAGUCUCUCAAACCCACCUCUGCCCCUGGGAAUUGGCCUUACUAAUUUCAGGCAAGUUAGAUCAAAGUAAGAAGGAAGAGGGGAAAGAUAGUUGAGGACCCAGAACAUAAAUUCAUGUGUUUUCUCUUCUUGGAUAUAAUCAAAGAAUUAUUCAUUUCCUCAAAAGGACAUAAAUGGUUGGGGUCAUCAAUUAUUGUAUUUAUCAAAACAAAUUCUGCUUUGUUAUAUGAUUGCAUUUUUUUUCUCCUUAAUUUGCUUUAGUCUUUCUUAGGCAGCCAUGGAUGGGGAGAGUAGAGGAAAUCACCAACACAAAAGGCAAAAAAAAAAAAAAAGGACUGCGAUUCUCGUGGGGAAAGCAUUUUAUUUUCCCCACCAUGAAAAUAAAUGAGUACAAA